CAACAUCAUUCGAUCCCACUCCCCGCACAGGAUAUAUCAGUAUUAGGUAAGCAAUCAUUAAGGAAAAAGCCCUGAAAACCCUUAACAAUAACCACGUAGUGUUAGCAUAGAGCAAAAUAAGGGAGAAGUGUAUUGAGAACCCUGCUCAACGCCUUCCCAAUCUCUCGUUAUACAUUUGACUCCUGCAAUUGCUCAGGAUGGAUGGAUGUCAUUCUCAUCGGCUGAUAUCCGACACGGCCGACGACAAACCGGCUUGUCGCUCACAAUGCCGAUCACUACGAUAUAAAUGAUCGAUAACUCCUAACUACCCAAAGAAUAUUCAUUCAACUGUACAGUAUUUAGUGUCCUUGUUCAAGUCCAUUUUUAUCACCAAAAUCAAACUUGUACAUACAACAUGAGCCCAUCCACUACUUUUCCAGCCUCCACGGGCAGUGAAGUCCGCCUCUCGGCACGCAGAAACGAUUGCACCAGUCCAACCGCCGGUCUCGCUCCAGGCUAUCUACAAGCUAACAUGAUCAUCCUACCAUCCCGCUAUGCCAAUGACUUUCGCAGCCUCUGCGCACGAAAUCCCGUUCCCUGUCCUCUUAUCGGCGAGUCCUCUGCCGUCGGACGGUUUGACGCUGUCAAAUCCUAUAUAUCCUCUUUAUCAUCUCCUUCUUCCCCGACGAAAAACAAAUCCGAAUCCGUGAUCCAGACCAAUGAUCUUGACCUUCGCCGAGAUGUUGGUCGAUACAUGGUUUAUCAAGACGCAGAGCCUGUCAAGACUGGCUGUCUGGAUAUAGUUGAAGAAUGGACGUCCGAUCAUGUUGCUUUUCUAAUCGGUUGUUCAUACAGUUUUGAAACUGCUCUGAUCAAUGCGGGGCUACCGCCACCGCAUGUCCUUGCAAAAAGAAAUGUCGCCAUGUACCGCACUACAAUUCCUUUGUGUCCGGCUGGCGUUUUCACAGGAUCGACAUAUGUAGUCUCGAUGAGGGCAUAUAAUAGAGCUGAUCUAUCGACUGUUCGUGAAAUCACAUCAAAGUAUCAUGCUACACAUGGUGAGCCUAUUGCUUGGGGGUGGGAUGCCUUAAAAAAGCUUGGGAUUAAGAGUAUCGACAUACCAGAUUGGGGUGAUAGUCCGGUUUCACAAGAUGGAAGGCCGUUGGCCAGUCUGGUAGGGUCUGAGACGGUCAUCCCAGUGUUCUGGGGCUGUGGUGUCACUCCUCAGGAGGCUGUCAUGAGGGCUGGGCUGAAGGGAGUUGUGAUGGCUCACCUGCCUGGACAUAUGUUGCUUUUGGAUUGUGUGGAUGAGGAUAUCCUUUAGGUUUAUCAUAGUAAGUUUCAGCCGCAUAUUGGAUAGUGCAAGAAGGUCAGGUCAGCUGCGCCUAUUAGUUACCCGCCGCACGGAACCUGUCAUGAAUUCACAACCGUUCUAGCCAUCUAGGAGGCUGCACCAUGGCCAUUGACUUGAACAGCCCUCGGACACUACCAUUGUUUACUUCUGAUACUCUUCCUAAAACAAAUGAUUAAGUCAAUUGAUACAUCCUUGCUUGGUGGUAUCUUAUCAUGAUAAAUGUAUUAUGAGUUACAUCCGUACCCAGCUUCUCAGGUAUGACGGACGCAUGAAUUACAUAGAGUAGAUGGCACCCUUACAACAUGAAUAGACCCAGAUUUAUCCUUUUUA